AUGCCAUCCUCUCUACCCAGCCCAUCAGUUACUGACCAUUCACACUUGCAACCACCAUCACCCAAUCUCCAUGACAACCAGAGCUCGUUGCUAAGUAGCGCCAGCGCCCAUCCGGCGGUCCAUGAGUCGGACGAGGACGAGGAAGAGUACACAGCCACGCUGUACUUACCUGUAACGCAGGUCACAGCUCACAGCCACCACGGCCUCGCCUGUAAUGAGCAACCGUCCAAUCACCACCAGCAGGGCCAGUCCACGCUGCCGCCAGCCCCGCCUCCCCACAAACAGCAGCCGUCGGUCACCGCCCUCAACCACAACUCCCUGAGCAGCCGCAACCGUAACCCCAGCCCGGCCCCACCGGCCGCCCUCCCCGCCGAGCUGCAAACCACACCCGAGUCCGUGCCGCUGCAGGACAGCUGGGUCCUGGGCAGCAAUGUGCCACUGGAGAGCAGGCACUUCCUCUUCAAGACAGGCACCGGCACGACCCCUCUGUUCAGCACGGCUACUCCAGGCUACACCAUGGCAACGGGCUCCGUCUACUCGCCGCCCACACGGCCCCUACCCAGAAACACCCUCUCCCGCUCCGCCUUCAAGUUUAAGAAGUCCUCCAAGUACUGCUCCUGGAGAUGCACUGCUCUCAGCGCCGUGGGACUGUCCGUCCUGCUGUCUGUCCUGCUCUGCUAUUGCAUAGCCAUGCAUCUGUUUGGUCUGAACUGGCAGCUGCAGGAGACAGAGGGCUACACCUUUGAGAACGGUCAGGGGAAGUCAGAUACCACACCCAACACCAUCACCGCACUGUCUGCUGAUAACGGUAAACUAGGGGUGUUCCUCCAGGAGAACAACACCAUAGACACGGGGGAGGUGGACGUGGGGCGCAGGGCCGUUCAGGAAGUCCCACCAGGGAUCUUCUGGCGCUCCCAGCUCUACAUUGACCAGCCCCAGUUCCUCAAGUUCAACAUCUCAGUGCAGAGGGAUGCGUUGGUGGGGGUCUACGGCAGGAAGGGCCUGCCCCCCUCACAUACACAGUAUGACUUUGUGGAGCUGCUGGAUGGCAGCCGGCUGAUCACCAAGGAGAAGCGCGGGCUGGUGGAGGUGGAGGGCGUGUCUAGGCGGGCGCGCUCGGUGAGCGUGCACGAAGCGGGCUUCAUCCAGUACCUGGACUCUGGCAUCUGGCACAUGGCCUUCUACAACGACGGGAAGAACUCAGAACAGGUCUCCUACAACACCAUUGUCAUAGAGUCCGUUAUGGAGUGUCCCCACAAUUGCCAUGGCAACGGUGACUGUCUGUCUGGAACGUGUCAUUGCUUCCCAGGGUUCCUUGGGCCUGAUUGCUCAAGAGCUUCGUGCCCCGUGCUGUGCAGUGGUAACGGCCAGUACUCCAGGGGUCGCUGCCUGUGCUUCAGUGGCUGGAAGGGGACAGAGUGUGACGUUCCCAGCAACCAGUGUAUAGACAUCCACUGUGGGGGACACGGCAUCUGUAUCAUGGGCGUCUGUGCCUGCAACACCAGAUACAAGGGAGACAACUGUGAAGAAGUGGACUGCCUGGACCCUGGCUGUUCAGUCCAUGGUGUGUGUAUCCACGGGGAGUGCCACUGUAGCCCGGGCUGGGGGGGCACCAACUGUGAGACCCUCAAGACCAUGUGCCCCGACCAGUGCUCCGGCCACGGCACCUACCAGAGCGAAAGCGGCACCUGCACCUGCGACACCAACUGGACCGGCCCCGACUGCUCUGUCGAGGUGUGUGUGGUGGACUGCGGCUCCCACGGCGUGUGUUUCGGGGGCAGCUGUCGUUGCGAGGAGGGCUGGACGGGUACGGUCUGUGACCAGAAGGCCUGCCACCCCAUGUGCACUAAGAACGGAGUCUGCAAGGAGGGCAAGUGUGAGUGCAACCAGGGCUGGACCGGAGAGCACUGCAACAUCGAGGGCUGCCCAGGCCUGUGUAACAACAACGGCCGCUGUACCCUGGACCAGAACGGAUGGCACUGCGUCUGCCAGUCCGGGUGGCGUGGGGCGGGAUGUGACGUUGCCAUGGAGACCCUCUGCACCGACGGCAAGGAUAACGAAGGAGACGGCCUGGCUGACUGUAUGGACCCAGACUGUUGCCUCCAGACAUCCUGUCAGACCCAGCCGUACUGCCGCGGCUCCCCGGACCCCUCUGACAUCAUCAGUCAGAGCCCGUCCAGCCUGAUGCCCCAGCAUGCCGCACGCUCCUUCUACCAACGCAUCCGCUUCCUGGUUGGACCAGAGGGCAGCCACGUGAUCACCGGGGACAACCCCUUCAACAAGAGCCUGGUGUCCAUCAUCAGAGGCCAAGUCCUGACGGCAGACGGAACCCCCCUCAUAGGAGUCAAUGUUACCUUCGUCCACUACCCCGACCACGGAUACACCGUCACGCGCAAGGACGGCAUGUUUGACCUGUUGACCAACGGUGGGGCCAGUCUGACCCUGAGUUUCGAGCGGGCUCCGUUCCUGAUACAGUACCGCACCGUGUGGAUCCCCUGGAAUGUCUUCUAUGUCAUGGACACCCUGGUCAUGAAGAAGGAGGAGAAUGACAUCCCCAGCUGUGACCUGAGUGGUUUCAUCAGGCCCAGUCCUGUCAUCGUGGCCUCUCCCCUCUCUACCUGCUUCAGGUCCUCACCAGAGGAUGGGCCCAUCAUACCUGAGACACAGGUCCUCCAGGAGGAGACGUCCAUCCCGGGCAGCGACCUCAACCUGCUGUACCUGUCCUCGCGGGCAGCCGGCUACAAGCCUGUCCUCAAGGUCACCAUGACGCAGGCCAGUGUGCCCUUCAACCUCAUGAAGGUGCACCUGAUGGUGGCGGUGGUGGGGCGUCUGUUCCAGAAGUGGUUCCCUGCCCAGCCCAACCUCUCCUACACCUUCAUCUGGGACAAGACAGACGCUUACAACCAGAAGGUCUACGGCUUGUCUGAGGCAGUCGUGUCAGUGGGUUUUGAGUACGAGUCGUGUCUGGACCUGAUCCUGUGGGAGAAGAGGACAGCUACACUGCAGGGCUAUGAGCUGGACGCGUCCAACAUGGGAGGCUGGACGCUGGACAAACACCAUAUACUGGAUAUCCAGAACGGCAUCCUGUACAAGGGCAACGGUGAGAACGUGUUCAUCUCCCAGCAGCCCCCAGUGAUCAGCAGCAUCAUGGGUAACGGCCGGCGCCGCAGCAUCUCGUGCCCCAGCUGUAACGGCCAGGCGGAGGGCAACAAGCUGCUGGCCCCCGUGGCGCUGGCCUGUGGCGCCGACGGGAGCCUCUUCGUCGGGGACUUCAACUACAUCAGACGCAUCUUCCCCUCUGGGAACGUCACCAGUGUGAUGGAGCUCAGCAACAACCCGGCCCACCGGUACUACCUGGCGACGGACCCGGUUACGGGGCAGCUGUACGUGUCAGACACCAACUCCCGCCGUAUCUACCGUCCCAAGGUCCUGACGGGCACCAAGGAGCUGAUCCAGAACGGAGAAGUGGUGGCGGGAACCGGGGAGCAGUGUCCCCCCUUCGACGAGGCACGCUGCGGGGACGGGGGCAAGGCCACAGAGGCCCUCCUCAUGGGGCCCAAAGGUAUUACGGUAGAUAAGAACGGGUACAUCUACUUCGUAGACGGGACCAUGAUCAGGAAGGUGGAUCGUAACGGGAUCAUCUCCACCCUGUUGGGCUCCAACGACCUCACCUCAGCACGACCCCUGACCUGUGACACCAGCAUGCACAUCAGACAGGUUCGUCUGGAGUGGCCCACAGCCCUGGCCAUCAACCCCAUGGAUAAUUCCAUCUAUGUCCUGGACAACAAUGUGGUGCUGCAGAUCACUGAGAACAGACAGGUGCGCAUCGUGGCGGGACGUCCCAUGCACUGCCAGGUGCCAGGUAUAGAAUACACGCUGGGAAAGCGGGCGGUGCAGACCAUGCUGGAGGGAGCUGCUGCCAUCGCCCUCUCCUACAGUGGCGUGCUCUACAUCGCCGAGACUGAUGAGAAGAAGAUGCAUCGCAUCCGCCAGGUGUCCACGGACGGCGAGAUCACGCCCUUGGCCGGAGCUCUGUCCGACUGCGACUGCAAGAACGACGCCAACUGCGACUGCUACCAGACGGGUGACGGCUACGCCAAAGACGCCCGCCUCAACUCGCCCUCCUCGCUUGUCGUCUCGCCCGACGGUACGCUCUACGUGGCCGACCUGGGCAACAUCCGCAUCCGCGCCGUCCGCCGCAACCAACCGCCGUCGGGCGCCGCCGUUUCCGGCCCGGGCUCCUUCGAGGUGGCCUCGCCGUCGUCCCAGGAGCUCUACGUGUUUGAUUCCAACGGAACCCACCAGUUCACCAUGUCUCUCGUCACCGGUGACUACAAGUACAACUUCAGCUAUAGCAACGAGGAGGACGUUACAGCGGUGACAGAUAGUAGUGGCAACACCUUGAGGAUCCGCCGCGACCCCAACCGGAUGCCGGUGCGGAUCGUUGCCCCGGACAACCAGGUGAUCUGGCUGACAAUCGGGACCAAUGGCGGGUUGAAGACACUGACGGCCCAGGGACAAGAGCUGGUGCUGUUCACCUACCACGGCAACAGUGGGCUGCUCGCCACCAAGACCAUACAGAUAGGAUGGACCACCUUCUAUGAUUAUGACAGUGAAGGUCGUCUAACCAACGUGACGUUCCCUACGGGAGUGGUGACCAACCUACACGGGGACAUGACCGGGGCCAUCACGGUGGACAUCGAGACAUCCGGCCGCGACGAGGACGUCAGCAUCACCACUAACCUCUCCUCCAUCGACUCCUUCUACACACUAGUCCAGGACCAACUAAGGAACAGCUACCAGGUGGGCUACGACCACUCUCUGAGGGUGAUCUAUGCCAACGGGAUGGACACACACUACCAGACGGAGCCCCACAUCCUGGCGGGCGCUGCCAACCCCACGGUGGCACGGAGGAACAUGACGCUGCCCGGGGAGAACGGGCAGAACCUGGUGGAGUGGCGCUUCCGCAAAGAGCAGACCCGGGGGAAAGUCAUCGUGUUCGGAAGGAAGCUCAGGGUGAAUGGCAGAAACCUUCUCUCUGUGGAUUACGACCGAACUCUCCGGACAGAAAAGAUCUACGACGACCACAGGAAGUUCCUGCUGAAGAUCGUGUAUGACACCCAGGGCCACCCUACUCUGUGGGUCCCCAGCAGUAAGCUGCUGUCAGUCAACCUUACCUACUCCAGCACGGGGCAGGUGACCAGCCUACAGAGGGGUCCCACCACAGAGAGGGUGGAGUACGAUGGUCAAGGGAGGAUUGUGUCCCGAGUGUUCGCCGAUGGAAAGACCUGGAGUUUUACAUACCUGGAUAAGUCCAUGGUGCUCCUGCUCCACAGCCAGCGUCAGUACAUCUUUGACUACGACCUGUUGGACCGCCUGUCUGCUGUCACCAUGCCUUCGGUGGCCCGUCACACCAUGCAGACCAUCCGCUCCCUGGGCUACUAUCGCAACAUUUACAACCCCCCGGAGAGCAACGCCUCGGUCACCGUCGACUACAGCGAAGACGGACAGCUCCUCAGAGUGGCCCACCUAGGGACAGGUCGUAGAAUUCUCUACAAGUACCGACGACAGAACAAAAUGGCGGAGAUCUUGUAUGAUUCUACGAGGGUUAGCUUCACCUACGAUGAGACAGCCGGUGUGCUGAAGACGGUGAACCUCCAGAGUGAAGGGUUCAUCUGUUCCAUCCGGUACCGGCAGAUUGGACCGUUGGUGGACCGGCAGAUCUUCCGGUUCAGUGAGGACGGCAUGGUGAAUGCACGGUUUGAUUAUACCUACGACAACAGCUUCCGGGUCACCAGCAUGCAGGCUGUCAUCAACGAGACACCGCUGCCCAUCGACCUCUACCAGUUUGAUGACAUCUCCGGGAAGGUGGAACAAUUCGGAAAGUUCGGUGUGAUCUACUACGACAUCAACCAGAUCAUCUCCACGGCCGUCAUGACCUACACCAAGCACUUCGACGUCCACGGGCGGAUCAAGGAGAUCCAGUACGAGAUCUUCAGAUCCCUCAUGUACUGGAUCACCAUCCAAUAUGACAACAUGGGCCGAGUGACCAAACGCGAGAUCAAGAUCGGACCGUUUGCCAACACGACCAAGUAUGGUUACGAGUACGACGUGGACGGUCAGCUCCAGACGGUCUACCUCAACGAGAAGAUGAUGUGGCGCUACAACUACGACCUGAACGGCAACCUCCACCUGCUCAACCCGGGUAACAGCGCCCGGCUCACCCCGCUACGCUACGACCUCCGAGACCGCAUCACGCGGCUCGGGGACGUCCAGUACCGGCUGGACGAUGACGGGUUCCUGAGACAGAGAGGAGCUGAGAUCUUUGAGUACAACUCCAAGGGCCUUCUAGAACGCGUCUACAGCAAAGGCAACAGUUGGACCAUCCAGUACCGCUACGAUGGGUUGGGCCGCCGUGUGGCCUCCAGAACCAGCCUGGGCCAGCACCUGCAGUUCUUCUAUGCAGACCUGAACUACCCGACCAGGAUCACGCACGUCUACAACCACAGCAGCUCAGAGAUCACAUCUCUCUACUACGACCUGCAGGGACACCUCUUCGCCAUGGAGAUCAGUAGCGGAGAGGAGUUCUAUAUCGCCUGUGACAACACCGGAACCCCUCUAGCAGUGUUCAGUAGUAAUGGGCUUCUUCUGAAGCAGGUGCAGUACACAGCCUACGGCGAGGUCUACUUUGACUCCAACCCUGACUUUGUCCUGGUGAUCGGCUUCCACGGGGGUCUCUACGAUCCCUUGACGCGCCUGCUGCAUUUCGGGGACCGGGACUAUGACAUCCCGGCGGGGCGCUGGACCACCCCAGACAUCGGGACGUGGAUGAGAGUCGGGAAAGACCCGGCGCCGUUCAACCUGUACAUGUUCCGGAACAACAACCCUGUCAGCAAAGUUCACGAGGUCAAGGAGUACGUCACAGAUGUCAAUAUCUGGCUGGUGACGUUUGGGUUCCACCUUCACAACGCCAUCCCCGGGUUCCCCAUCCCCAAGUUCGACCUCACACAGCCGUCCCUGGAGAUGAAGAAGAGCCAGCUCUGGGACGACCUGCCGUCAAUCUCGGGGGUGCAACAGGAAGUGACCCGGCAAGCCAAGGCUUUCCUGUCCUUUGAGAGGAUGCCGGAGAUCCAGCUGAGCCGCCGGCACUCCAACCGGGAGAAACCCUGGCUGUGGUUCGCCACCGCCAAGUCGCUGAUCGGUAAGGGUGUUAUGUUGGCGGUGACGCAGGGCCGUGUGGUCACCAACACUCUGAAUAUCGCCAACGAGGACUGCAUCAAGGUCGCCGCCGUCCUCAACAAUGCGUUCUACCUGGAGGACCUACACUUCACGGUGGAGGGACGCGACACGCACUACUUCAUCAAGACCAGCCUCCCGGAGAGCGACCUGGGAGCGCUGAGGCUGACAAGCGGGAGGAAGUCGCUGGAGAACGGAGUCAACGUGACUGUGUCCCAGUCCACCACCGUGGUGAACGGCAGGACUCGGCGCUUCGCCGACGUGGAGCUGCAGUACGGCGCACUGGCGCUCCACGUGCGUUACGGCAUGACUCUGGACGAGGAAAAGGCGCGUGUUCUGGAGCAGGCCAGGCAGAAGGCGUUGGCGAGUGCCUGGUCCAGGGAGCAACAACGGGUGAGGGAGGGGGAGGAGGGAGUGAGGCUGUGGACGGAGGGGGAGAAGAGGCAGCUGCUGAGCGGAGGGAAGGUGCUGGGCUACGAUGGGUACUACGUCCUCUCCAUAGAGCAGUACCCCGAGCUAGCAGACUCCGCUAACAACAUCCAGUUCCUCAGGCAGAGCGAAAUAGGGAAGAGGUAACAGACAGAAUCCUCGGCACUGGCCGCCAAAGAGACUACCCCCUCCAAAUCCUGCCCCCCAACCUCCCUCGCCUCCCCCCUUUUCUCUAAAAAGGGGGAGGGUCCAGGCUAGUGCUGUGUUUAGCGCCGCCUAGCUGAAACAAACACAGUAAAAUGUAGAAAUAUCACAAACUGAACUAAACCUAAUACUACCACUGUGGGGCCUGAAAAUCAAACAAAGCGGCUCCAACUGACACAGAUGUUUGUCCCGUGCUAUACAGCGUUGAAUGGACUGUGGACUCUCUUGAAAAGAGAGGGGGGAAAAGUCAGAACUCUCGGUUUUGUGAAAGGAAAAAAAAGUUUUUGUUUUUUAAAUCGACUUCCUGCUAUUUGCUUUCGGAAAAAAUAUUUUAAAAAGGAAGAAGAAAUGUGUUUACAUACGCAUACCACUACAACACGUCUGGACUAAUAGAAAAAAAGCCUUCUGGUUUCUUACAAAGGACAACGUCUAUAAUCUGAUUCUACAUCCUGACGACUGACCUUUGAUUGACCUUUGCGUACUGAAAAAGUUAGUGUUGUUGUUCGCAGUAGGACCAUGGGUCUCCAAUGGUGGCAUCAAGACAGUCAAAACCACUUGUUGAAACCACUUGCUCGUUCUCCUGCUUUUCUUUCUAAAAAGGACAAAACAGCUCCCUCCAAGUGACUUCUUUACCAAUACUAGAUCAAAGUGGGACGUUUUGGGAAUCGGGAGGGUGUGUGUGUGUGUGUGUCUGUGUGUGUGUGUGUGUGUGUGUGUGUGUGUGUGUGUGUGUGUGUGUGUGUGUGUGUGUGUGUGUGUG